CUUUGUUAAAAAGAUCAACAAUCCUGAAAAAUAAUUUUUAAAAAAUCAAAAAAAAUCCUCAAAAAAUGAGUUUCCGAAGCCCACGCAUCCACAUCAUCAUCGAGUUUCCAGAACUUAAACUUGAGAAUCUUUUCGCUGUCCUACGUCGCAUAAAGGAAAGAGAUGGAAAAAUUUUUCGAACAGUUAUCCUCACAGCCGGUGACAGAACAGCUAAAUUGCUUGCUUAUGAAAUAUAUAAACUAGGAAUAAGAGUCACAUCAGUUGAUGGAAAGCGGAAGCAAAAGAGAGUUUUACGAGCAUCUGACGGAUUUAACAAUGGAAAAUUUGAAGUUAUGAUUGUUAGUGAGUCUGGGGUAGAAGUGGAAACUAGGGACAUUAAGCAUUUUAUUAAUUACGAUAUGAAUUUGCCAAGCUCUUUGAGUUUGUUUAAGCAGACUUUGAAGCGUAGACGAUUUGGUUGAUGAAUGUUUGAAUUGGCUUAAGAGGAUUUGAAGAUGGGUUCUUACUGCAAGCAAUCCUCUUAGAAGAAAGUUUUGGAGAACAAUAAUAAGUUCAGUGAUUAAAUAGUGACAAUUG